GGAGUAAAAAAGUGGGAGAAGAGGGGCGUGAUCAAAAUAAAGCAUGGGAAGUGGGCUGCGCCGGCUGUGCAUCUCGUCUCUUGUUGCCUGCUCUUUUGAAAUUUGUAUUUUAAGUUGAAAAAAUUAGGACUCUCGUAAUUUUGGUCUGUAAAUUAUCUGGCAUCAAUCCCGAUCUAUGUAAUAAUGGCUAGCUCUUUUUCGUUCCACGAGCUAUGCGAAGAGUUGGAGAAACUCAGUUCAAUGCCAAACAGACCAAGGUUUGCUAGAUCGAAUGCCUUCCGGACGUACAUCAACAAAGUCAGAGACAGAAUCGAAGCAAACUCGGACAUUCAGGAUAAAAAAUUGGGUCUCUUCCCAAUAGCUCGACUUCUUCUGCCCGCUCUGGACAGGGAAAGAGGCGCUUAUGGCGUGAAAGAGACUGUCUUGGCCCGCAAAUACGUCAAGGUGUUAUGUCUUUCUGAAUCUGGUGCAGAUGCUCAGCAACUGCUUCGCUAUCGAGAGCCACGAGGAGGAUCCAGCGAUCUUGGAGGCGAUUUUGCAGGAAUCGCUGCGCACGUUUUGAAAAGUUACCUUUCUAACAAUCCCAGCGUCUUCACGGUUGGCCAAAUCAACGAAAUCUUUGACUCACUGGCCAAAAACAAUGCUGAGAACAAGCCAAGACUGGUUGACGAAUGCCUUGAAAACUUACUGAGGAAAACUUCAGCAUUGGAGCAAAAGUGGCUCAUUCGAAUGCUUCUAAAGUCAGUUAAAUUCGGCCUUGGGCGACGGGCGAUUUUCUAUGCCAUCCAUCCUGAUGCUGAGAUGCGUUUUGACUCAAGAAACAGCUUAAGAGAUGUUUGUGAAACUCUGAGAGACCCUUCGAAGCGACUGAACGAGAUUGAAAUCUGCUUGGGUCUGUCCUUCAGUCCCAUGCUGUCAGACAAGGUGGAUAUCGCUCGCCUCGCCGCAUUUUUCACUCCUGAGAGACCAGAGCUGUUUGUGGAAACUAAACUGGAUGGAGAGCGCAUCCAGAUACACAAGGAUCCGCAGGGAAACUUCCGCUAUUUCUCUAGAAAUGGAUUUGACUUUAGUUCAGCCUUUGGAAGCAGCAUCCAAAGCGGCUCCCUGACCCCCAGGUUAGCCAAAGCUCUCCUCCCCUCAGCCUCUUCCUUCAUUUUGGACGGAGAAAUGAUGGCCUGGGACACAGCACGGCAAAACUUCAAACAGAAAGGGCAAAACGUGGACGUGAAAAGUCUACCUAGUCAGGGUGCCGUGGUUGCCUGCUUUUGCGCUUUUGAUGUUGUCCUCUUCAAUGGGAAAGUGGUCACCAACAAGCCGCUGAAGGAGAGAGUUCUACUACUGGAUUCUGUCUUCCGGGAAUCGCCCCAAACCAUCGUCAAGACGCCCAGAUGGACGGUUACCAAUGAGGUUGAAGUGAGGGAAUCACUGAACAGGGCAAUUGAUAACCGAGAUGAAGGGAUCAUGCUCAAAGAUCCAAAUUCUGUCUACAAACCGAGCAAGGAGCGGAAGGGCGGCUGGUGGAAAAUAAAACCUGAGUACAACAACGAGCUGAUGGAGCACUUGGACGUGAUUGUCCUUGGCGGCUACUUUGGAGAGGGCAGACUCCGUGGUGGGCUGGUCAGUCAGUUCCUUCUUGGCGUGGCAAAACCACCAGCUGUCCCUGGUGGAGUACCAACAGAAUUUUUCUCCUUCUCCCGUGUCGGCUCUGGAUACACCAAGGGAGAGCUGAUGGACACGCUGGAGCGGCUGAAAGGACUGUGGCAGGAUGAACAACCGCCAAAUGUCUUUGUAACCAAAGAAAAACCAGAUGUUUGGAUUCUACCACAAAAAUCUGUCAUUGCAGAGGUUAAAGCAAGUGAGAUAGUUCCCAGUUCUUCCUACACUGCGAAUUACACCUUGAGGUUUCCCAGAGUGCAGAAAUUCCGGCCCAACUUGAUGUGGAGCGACUGUCUCAAUCUGGACGAGCUCACCGAAUUGAGAAAGAUCUCUGCAGGUAAGCUGGCCAAGCACGUGACAAGCAGCACCGCGCCGGCAACAAAGAAGAGAAAGGCAGUGGCCUCGGCAGAACCAACAGUUGCCGCGCACUUCAGGCCUGCGGACCUGAGCAAUGUUCAAAAAGAAUCAUUGCGUUUCGAGGGUAAAGAAUUCUGCAUCUGGGGCUUGGAGAAACAAAAGCUGGAACAGCUCGUCGCUGCCCAUGGUGGAACUGUCAUCCAAAAUGCUGGUCCGAAGACUUUCGCGAUAGUCACCGACAAGAAGGACUCGGUCAGGGUGCAGAACCUACUGCGCAGCUCAGACGACGGCUACCCAAAGUGGGACGUGCUGCACGGCUCUUGGCUGAAGGGGGUGGCUGCCGGCGAGCUGCCACUCAAACCCGAGCCGUCUGAUUAUAUUUUGAUCAGCAGCAAGAGCUACGCCAGGCUGAAAAAGGAGUUUGACAAAUUUGGAGACUCCUACACAGAGCCAGCCACGAUCAGCAGUCUCAAGAAGUUGCUAUCGAACAUGGCCAAAGACAAAACUGUCGAUCCCCAUCUUCUCGACCAGCUGGAAGACGAACUUCUGGGCGCCUCAAACCUCCGCAGCAUCUUCAGACCCUGCGUCGCCCUUUUUGAUCAAUAUUCUGACGAUGGCUCAAAAAAUCAGUUCUUUUGGAAGCUGCAGCCAGUCAGAUUUGAGUUCAAGCUGUACGGUGGCUCCGUGGCUUCUGAACUGGACCCGAAUACAGUUACCCACGUAGUAACCAGCCCUCUUGCAAGUCCGGACAGGAUUCUCGAGCUGAGGAAUCAGCUGCGUCCCAGAAACAUGUUCAGGAUCGUUUCUUCAAAUUGGAUUCGAGACUCCAGAGCUGCAGGCCACCUCAUGGAUGAGGAAAACUACCAAGUUGGCUGAAGAUGACAUCACAUCGCCACCUUUCAUAGAGCUUAAUGGGAAAAUGCAAUAAGUACUUCUUUUAUGUAAACCUUUUUAUUUUUUAUCGAUCUCACAUUUGGAUAAAAUAUGUCACACAAAAAAUGCUUAAAACACAGUUCCUAUAAAACAAUCAAAUUAUACGCUUAGAGUGCCAUUAAAAUAUAUAUUUAGUCAUAUUGAA